GGUCACUCUUCCACACGGACCUUCAUAUCAGUCCGCCACCAGCUCGCGAGGCUGAACAACGUUAGCAAAGCUGCUACUCCUGAAUUUAAUGAGUAAUGGUGUAGUUUAGUAGUUGUUUUCUCUCUAAAGGUUUGAGUUGAAAUGUUUUAACGGAACAUACAGUCUAUCAUUACGAGUGAAAACUGCCUCGUCUGUAGCGAAAUGUGUCUAAAAAAUAAAUAAAUACAAAUCGGCCAUUUAAAUCUCAGUCUGUAUAUUUCUGAAACUAAAUAGGCUCCAAUCAAGUCAUUCAUUGUAGUUGAAGUUCCCUGGCAUGCCAAGGGUCGCAGACUGGACCUUCAAGCCAGACAAAGGGGACAACUGUGAUAUUUUACACGAAAGCUUUUCUAAAUGAACAAAAAUUAGAAGCCGAGCUGCAGCCACAGCAGGCCGGUGUGAGGUUUCCCUGCUCGGUCUGCACAGGACCUUUAAGACAGACUGACCACCAGCUCACAAGACGGUUGCUGCAAAGAGUGUUUCUCCUCCAUCUUUACUGCUUUGUCCAUGCUACAACUUGUUCCGUAUUUUAUUUUGCCUCUUGGUAGUUUUGAUCUAGAGGCAAAAAUACUCAAAUACAGGGCUACACUGAAGACUGAAUAGAUUUGUUUCUGCUUGGGGCGACUGCAGUCAUGGGGGCCACAGGCUACGGCUACUAUCGAGUAGUCAUCUUCUUGUGCAUGUUCACUGGCUACUCCUUGUAUUUCUUUAACAGAAAGACAUUCUCCUUUGUCAUGCCCUCUGUGAUGGAGGAGAUCAAACUGGACAAAGAUGACUUGGGUAUGAUCACCAGCAGUCAGACCAUGGCCUACGCCAUCAGUAAGUUCAUCAGUGGCGUGCUGUCGGAUCAGAUCAGCGCCCGUUGGCUUUUCUCCAUCGGCCUCUUUGUGGUAGGGGGGAUCAAUGUGGUCUUCUCCUGGUCCUCAACUGUAUCCCUUUUCUCACUGCUGUGGUUUAUCAAUGGCUUGGGACAAGGCUGUGGCUGGCCUCCGUGUGGAAAGGUGCUACGCAAGUGGUAUGAGCCCUCCCAGUUUGGAACCUGGUGGUCGGUGCUGUCUUGCAGCAUGAACCUGGCAGGGAGUCUGGGUCCAAUCCUGGUCACGGUGCUGCUGCAGUACUACGACUGGAGGACUAUCCUGACCAUGUCUGGCAUCUUCUGCGCUGCCUUCUCGCUGGUUUGCUUGGUGUUUGUUAAGAAUGAGCCGAAGGAUGUGGGUCUCCCCAGCAUCGAGGCGGGAGCCAUGAAAGGGUCAAAGGGAGCCAACAGUGAGAGCACCUUGAGUGAAUUCCUCCUCUCUCCUUUCCUGUGGGUGCUGUCUUUGGGUUACUUGGUGGUGUUUGGAGUGAAGACCGCUGCUACUGAUUGGGGACAGUUGUUCCUCAUGCAGGAGAAAGGCCAGACUGCCCUGAUGGGCAGUACCUACAUGAGUGCCUUGGAGGUGGGAGGUUUUAUAGGAAGCCUGGCAGCAGGCUUCAUCUCAGACAGAGCUGUAGCCCGGCAAGGCUUAAGCACCCACGGCAACCCUCGCCAUGCCUUGCUCAUUCUCAUGAUGGCUGGCAUGUACGUGUCCAUGUACCUUUUCAGAGUGACCAUCACACCUGAAAUCCCAAAGGAGGCUCCUCUGUGGGUUGAAGCCCUUCAUCCUGUGUCUGUCCUUAUUGGUGUGUCAGAGAAAGAGAUUUGGAUCCUCUUCCUUGGUGCCGUGUUUGGAUUUUCUUCAUAUGGACCAAUUGCCUUGUUUGGGGUGAUAGCAAGUGAAAGUGCUCCUUCAAACUUCUGUGGAACGUCUCACGCUGUCGUAGCUCUUAUGGCUAACGUGGGAGCUUUUAUGGCGGGGCUUCCCUUCAGCACCAUUGCCAAGCAGCACAGCUGGGACAUGGCCUUCUGGGUGGCUGAGGUGACAAUGGGCAUCGCCACCAUUGGGUUCUUCCUCAUGCGUAACAUGCGCACCAAAAUGGGACGGAUCGCUGAGAAACUGGACUAAUGAUGGCCUUGUAAACAGGAUCCUGCACAUUGGACAAACUGGAGCUUCAUUAAUAAACAAAAUGACCCUUAAACACACACAAACUUUGUCAUUUUCUCCUGUUAACUAGUCAGUAGAUACUCAGGGUGGCUGUAAUUAGAUCGCUGUAUAUUCCCAGUGAGGUACUCACAAAGAUGCACCAGAUCAUGAUGGAUAAUCACAAGAUUGUAUUUUAAUUCUUCCAGUUAUUUUAAGACACUUCUAAUCUAGAGACUUUUUAUAAAGAAGAGAAACUCAAACAUUUAAGUCUUUAAAGGACUUAUUUUUCUUAAAUUGUAAAUUGUGCUGCUGAUUCUGUCUUCAGUGGAGGUGAGUUAUGGAUCCUUUCAUCUACGAAUGUUGCUGGAUGGUCUGUGUAUAUAUUACAUGAUGCACACUACAUGCAUUUUGCUUAUCCUGUAAGUAUUUGUAUAAACUUACAUGGUUAAUUAUGUCACUAACAUGUAAUACUUGAAGAUUUUAUUUUUGUACACAACUGUGAAACGGUAAACUUGUCUGAAUCUACACAUUUUUAACAAACAUUUGCAGCAUGACGGCCGAUAAUUUCUCCUUCAUCAAAGUUGUGUACAACGGUGCUGAAUUAUUAAUUUCUCAUCUCAAGCUGUUUUUGUCAACUGUGAAUGUCCAAUACUUACUGGAAAAGGAUCUAAUAAAUGUUAAGUUCUCUUGG